AUGAUUAAUACAAGUGGAAAUCGAUGGUCGUUGAAUCCAAUACUAUCAACACGAGUUGAAUUCACACCAGAACAACCGUUAACCAUACAGCAACAACAGAUAACAGCUAAUAUAUCAAGAAGAACAGCUGCUGCAGUACAUUAUCCAAUAUUAAGAGUUAAUGAUAUGGUUCAAAUAUGUAGUAAUUUAGAACAAAUUAAAAUAUUUCAAUGUGAACAUGAUGAAUGGACUGAAGCUAUGUCACCAACACUUGGAAAACUUGGUCGAGUUGUUGAUUUAUAUGAUGAUGUAUCUAUUGAUUCAACAGUAUCGUUGAAUGAACUUUGUUGUGAAAAUAAUGAUCAUGUUUCAAUAAAUUCUGAAACAAUAAGAACCACAACAACUUCAUCAAAUAAUAUAAACGACACAGUUGCAUUAGCUUGUUUACAACAACAAUUACAAGAAAUUCGUGAACAAGUCUAUUGUCCAAUAUGUAUGGAUCGUUUAAAAAAUAUGGUCUUUUUAUGUGGUCAUGAUCUUUGUUAA